UUGACGUUUCGAAUAUUUUCUCAUUUUCUCUUACAAUUUCUUUUCAUUUUCGAUUUCGGAUUUAUUUGGGCAGUAUAAAUUCCCGGGAAAGUACCAAUUUAAGUUUUAAAUCUAAUGGGCUCUGCUAGCAAAUUUUGCAUGCGAUUACCGAGGAAAACCAAGUAAUGGGAAAAGAGAAAUCUAAGAAACGACACCGCUCAGAGAGCUCGAGUUCGAGCAGUUCCGAUUCAAGCCGGGAAAAGAAAAAACUGCGUAAGUUAAAGAAGAAAUUGAAAAAAGAACAGAAAAAGACCGAGAAGGCAUUGAAAAAGAAGCUUAAAGAGGAGAAAAAGAAACUUAAAAAGCAGAAACGUGAUAGCAAAAGCGGCAGCUGUGAUGCCGAUACGAAUGUAGCAUCGGCUGAUAUUCCUUUGGAAUUAAUGGAAAGAUCCAAGGCUAUGGCGCCUAUGACCAAAGAGGAGUGGGAGAAGCGACAGAGUGUUGUCAGAAAGGUUCAUGAUGAAGAGACUGGCAGAUACAGGUUAAUAAAAGGCGAUGGCGAGGUCUUAGAAGAGAUUGUGUCGUACGACCGACACAGAGAGAUCAACCGACAAGCCACCAUGGCUGAUGGAGACUUCUUCCAGUCACGGACUGUUGAUAAGCAUAGAGUCAAAUAGAUAAUUAUCUGCUUUUCUCUAUGGCUAUUAUGUGUCCAUAAUCAUUUAUAAUAAUAUAUUUUUCCUAGAAGUACAGUUACUACAUACUAUUCUAUACCACCACAAUAAUAUUUUGAUGAAGCUAAGCACGUCAUCACAUACAUUACAGUGAGUGAAGUUAGCGACCGGUGUUAAGCGAUGUCGAUUAGCAUUUCUAUAGGGUUAAUAUGUUAUUUAUUACUACUUAUUUAAUUUUACAAGGAUUUCCACUAACAUUUCCCAUGUAAAAAUAUUAAUAGGUAAGUACAGAUUUAUAGUUUAAGUGAUGCUAGGGCUACCUACCAAAACUAUCAAGUACUACAUUUAAGUACACAAAUAUACACUAUAUAAUGAUUUAUGUAUGUGUUACGUCUUCACUCAUCACUUGUCAGAACAGAUUGCAGCCAAGCGCUAGUCUAUUAAAGUCUAAAAAAAAUUUAAAAUCCCAGGCAAGGACAUAAAUGACUUUUUAUCUGGGAUAAUAAUCAGUUUUCACAGAAUUAUUAAAAGCCUUAAUCCACUUGGAUGAAUUAUCUAGUAUAAAUCAUAAGAUGAUAAUUUAAAGUUAUUUACCUAUCUUUCAAUAAAUAUCUAAAACCUA